AUGGCCGACUUCUACACCUCCGAGCCCCAAGAUACGCUUCCUCAUAUUCCAGACAACUUGACCGUCGCCCAGUUCAUGUUGGAUUAUCAGCAUGAGAUACGCCCGCUGCGAGGAUUGACUCCUUGUUUGAUCGACGAUGCUACCGGCCAACCCUUCAGCCUUGAAACACUCAGAACAAGAACGGAUGAUCUUGCAAAUGGCCUAUUCCACGAAUAUAAUAUAGGUGAAGAGGACACGGUGAUGCUCGUCAGCCCCAAUCACAUCGAUUAUCCAGUGGCGAUUUGGGCUGUCCAUAAACUUGGUGGCAUUGUGACGUGCUCAAAUCCUCUCCUUACUGUUGAUGAGCUAGUGUAUCAGCUGGAGACGGCUGGCGUCACUUUUGUUCUGGUGCAUUCAAACGUGUUGACAAUUGCGCUGGAUGCUGCUCGCACAAUCGGCCUUCCCCCGGGUCGAGUCGUUCUACUCGAUCAGCCCCCCUCAUCCCAUGGUUUUGAAAGCUUUCAAGGCGUGCCUGCCCUCAUUAAGCUCGGUCACGAGAGGGUAAGAAUGUUCUCCGAGCGAGUUCUCUGUAUCGGAGAAGGAAAGACGAAGAUUGCUUUACUAUGCUGGUCAUCCGGUACGACAGGGAAGCCAAAGGCGGUGGCAAUACCUCACUAUGCUUUUAUCGCCAACGUCAUACAGAUGGCGACUCAUAAUCAAGUCGGAGAGGGUUUCGGACAUCGCGGACGCCAGUCGUAUGGUCCAGGAGAUGUCGCAUUAGGUGUAUUACCCUUCUACCACGUUGCAGGCCUCGUCUUAAGUCUUCAUCUCACUGUAUUUUGUGCUAUGACCCUCGUGGUGGUCCCGAAGUAUGACUUCGACGCCAUGUUGGAAAGCAUCUUGCGGUACGAUGUAUCCCAUCUUGUACUUGUUCCACCUCAGGCCGUCAUGCUCGCCAAGUAUCCUAGAAUUCUUGACCACGACUUCACCAGAGUCAAGUAUGUAAUUAUAGGAGCCGCCCCUGUAUCACGAGAGGUGCAAGAAAGGUUGUGCAGGAUAUUCCCGUCCGCACAGAUAGGACAGGCGUAUGGCCUUACGGAAAUGACAACGACACUCGCCAUGGUAUCGCCAAAGCAAAGGAGGGGGCCACUCGGAAGUUCUGGCCGCCUUCUUCCUGGAAUACAAGCCCGCGUCGUCAAGCCUGAUGGAUCACUCGCUCGAUACGGCGAGAGAGGAGAGCUGAUUGUCAAGGGUCCUGGGAAUGUUCUGGGAUAUUUUAACAAUCCGCAGGCGACGAGUGAGACUUUCAUAGAUGGGUGGGUUCAUACCGGCGACGAAGUUGUUCUUACCAAAGAUCGAGAAGUGUUUGUAUUUGAUCGCCUCAAGGAGUUUAUGAAAGUACGAGGCUUCCAGGUAGCUCCUGCUGAACUGGAGGGAUGUCUUCUCUCGCAUCCGGAUGUAGCAGAUGCCUGCGUCGUGGGUCUUCCAGACGACUACAAUGGAGAGCUACCUCUUGCUUAUAUCGUGUUGUCCCCGUCUGCUUCGGAGCGUAUAAGUCGUAACUCAAGUAUGGCCGGCUUCUUCUGCUCUAGUAUAAUUAAGCAUGUUGACGAGCGGAAGGCCGGCUUCAAGCGCCUUACUGGUGGUGUUCGCUUUGUGGAGUCGAUUCCAAAAAAUGGAAGCGGGAAGAUACUAAGACGUAUUUUGCGGGAAGAUGCGAAGCUGAACCCGGGACCAACAUAUUCUGCCAGAGCUAGACUUUGA